GUUCUCUUUUUCCUUUCCUUCUUUUGUAUUUCACGUCAAACGACGGCGAACAGUGUCAUCUUCGCCGCAAUUAUUUUAUUUCCACAGCUUCUUCUCAGGUGUUUUCGCUUUUGGAUCCCGGCGCGGCUCACGAUAUCGACGCACAUUGCCGGCCGCCGUUUCGCUAGAUUGUUUCUUCUUUGUCCGCUAUUCUUAUUUAUUAUUACUGCGGUUUUGGCAGCAUCUCGAGUUGCGGAGGUUCUCUUUCUGUGUGAGUGGUGGCUUCGCUUUUUUACUUUUCCACUUGAUGUGCACGCACGCAUUACCUGUGGAUUUGUACAUGCGUGUGGAUGGGCCACUCUUCCGCACUUCAGGAAAGCAUAGACGUUGUAUACGAGCGUGUUAGCCGCUUUUUGUAUUUGGAGAAUCAUAUAUUGCCGAGGUAGUCGCCGCGCACCGUUUCUUUGACGCAGUCCUACUGCUAUGAAUCACUUUCUUAUUUAUUUCUCAGGUCUUUGAAGUACGUGUUUGUUCUUUUUACUCGUUUUGCUACUACUAUUAUAUAUUUUUUCCUCUCUCGAACCCACAUUACCACUAAAUCCUUUCCCUUCUCUAUUGCCACCACCACACCGAUAGUUGUUCUGCGACGUUCAUGCAUUACUUUUUCCUGGAGAAGCAGAGCAACCUCACCCUGCGAUGGAAGGUGCGGCAGGUGGCCUUCGAUGCCAAGUACCGCUACCUGUACUACUCCAAGCCGCUGAGCCGCACCGACAUUGAGGAGGUGAUGACGCGGAGCCAAGAAGUGGAGGGGGCGGUAGCGGCAGCAACCGGCAACAGCGGCUCCUCUUCCCCGAUUCUGUCCGGCGGCACCUCCAGUCGUAAGGUGAAGUGGAGCGGCAAAGUGAAGGUCACCCAGCUGCGCUACGCCGCCGACGAGUACAUCGUCCCGCCCACCAGCGACGACUUCAACGAGGGGGUUCUGCUCACUUUGAUCAUCAUCGGCUACGAGCGCUCGCUGGUGCACCGCCCGCACCGCGGGAAGGGCAGCGUCGGCAACUCCUCGGAGAACAGCUUCUCCCACCGCAGCAACGCCUCGUGGUUCCGCAGCACGUCGUGGCUCAGCACGACGCGGAUGGACAGCGAGCCGGAUGCAGAUGCAGAGGACGAGGCGCCGACUGCUUCGGCGGGGCAGCCGCUCCUGACCAACGCGGACACCGACGUGCCGGCACCGGAGUCGCCGUCGGGCUUCAUUCACAUGCCGAGCUACCCCGUGAACGAGUCCCUCGACGAGGACUUCGAGGACGAGGACGAGAACAUGUUCCGCGACAUCGACCUUGCGCCGGACGACGAGGAGGACGAGGAGACCUCCGUGGCCGCCUCGGAAGCCGAGACGGAGGCCAGUGAUGAGGACGCGGAGGAGGAGGCGGACGAGGAUGACGUCGCCCUCAAUUCGCCGCCCUCCAGCCCCACAGAGAGCGUGCAGAGCGGGUACAGCUUCUUCAGUCGCCGACGUCGCGUGGUGCGGGUCGGUGCGGGCACUACGGUGAAGGAUGAGAAGGCGGUGCAGCUGCAGUUCCGUGCGGCCAACUACGAUGUUUUCCGCAUUGUGAGCCUUCGGGUGCGGCAAGCGUUGGUGCGACACGGCCUCUGCGGCCCACUGCACGCUGGGCUGCCACCGUAUGAUCCUCGCAACGGCAUUGCCCUCGCCACGGUGCCCCUGCACCUCCGCCACGCCUUCCGUCGGCUGAACGACGUGGUGUUUUACUCGCUGCAAAUUGGUCACGUGGUGUAUGUCCGCCAGCAGCGGGAGGUGCGGGGGAUGGAGGGCUACCUGUGCAUCACCCACGACUCGAUUCUGCUCCUGCAGCUGGACGGCAAGUGCCCGCGCUGGCUGGACCUGGAGGACAUCGUCGGGGUGCAGUACGUCCUCCGCGGCAACCACUCCUUCAUCUCCAUUCGUGCCGCGGAGCCCUAUCCUGACUUUGUCUUCAUUCCCAUCAUCCCCAGCUACCCGCCCAACUCUACCUUUGACUCCGAGGAGUGCGUGGAGGGGAUUGUGAGCAUGGUGCGGCGCCUCCUCAUGCAGCGUCUACGCGCCGGCGAGGAGGUGGCGCUGGCGCCCGUCUCGAGUCGACGCGCCUCCGUGCACACCGCCGAGGACACCGACGAGUACGACGUUCUCUGCCACAUCCACGACCUCUCGGCGCAGCACACGGACGUGUUCAAGUACAUCGCGCAGGAGCAGAGCACCGGCGCGACCCCGCUGCGCUGGCGCUGGGACAACUCCAAGACGCCGACGCACUUCACCUUCAAGCGGGACCUCUACCAGGCCCUGGAGCGCGACGAGGGCGAGGACACGGACGAUGACGAGGAGGCGUCGCCGUCGCGCAUGCAGCGGCGGCCCUUCAUGGCGCCGGCCUCGCAUGCGCAGAUGGGCGAGGCGGUGGUGCCGUCCCGGCAGCAGCAGCACUUGAGCAUGGGGCAGUCUGCAGGAAGCCCGUUGAAGGCGACGUCGACCUCCCGCUGGCCGGAGCGGGGGGCGGGUCCGCACUCGGCGGUGUCGUCUUCCUACGGCGUCACCCCACCGCGGGCGGGCGCGUUGUCGCCGGCGAGUUCGAUGUACUCCAACGCGAGCUUCAUGCCAGCGACGAUGACGCAGCUGAUGGCGCCGCCCUCGCGGGGGGCGGAGUUACGGGCGAAGCAGCGGCUGCAGGUGACGCGCACCGACCGCCGCAACGCGAGUCCAGCGGGGGCCGUCGACACGUCUGUCAGUCCGGCUGCGGCAGGUGGUAGCGGUGGUGGAUUUGGUGAGUCUGUCUCCGCUUCUGUGGGCGGUGCGGGUGCAGGCGGGACGGUCCAACCACCGCCGCAGCCGCAACCGAUGAAGACCUCCAUCACGACCUCCAGCAUGGGCACGAUCCCUUACGUAAAGCCCUCUGCAGCGGCACCGCAGAGCGACGCACCGCCUCGCAUUUACGUCUCGGCAGCGCCAUCGUCAUCGUCAUCGCGGCAGCGAAGCGCCGACACGCGUCCGCCUUCUCAAGCAGCCAGCGCUGUGGUUACUGCGACUACUGCUGCGACAAUAAACAAAAGAGCUGCUGCGCACUUGCCACUGCACAGUACGCCGGGUACGACGGGCCAACGAUCGCCUGAGCCGCCGGGUGACUCGGACAGCGGGAGCUCCCCAAACACGGUAGUCGGCAGCGCCCCCUCGCAGCAGCGCCCGCCGUCCUCUCGUCCCAACACCUACGGUUUAGUCCCCUCGCAGCUGCACGCCGACCCGACCGUCCUCGACUACUGGCUCUCCUCGGCGGCCCCCAACGUACCGCCGGUGGCCACAGCCCCGAAAGGGGUGCAUCUGAGCGAAAUUCAUGUUUCGAUGCAACAGCAGCAGCAACAGCAGCAGACGACGACCAGUGGCCACGACCUGCCCUCGCCCUGUCCGUCAUCGACCCACUCUGGGAAACCGGCAGACGCCCCCGCAGCAGCAACGACGACGAACGCGCCCGGCACCGCGUACCUCGGUCAUCCGCCCACCCCGGCGGCCAGCAAUGGCGGAAACGGCGUGGGCAACGGGAGUCUGACGGCGAACGCGGGGUCUGCGGUACUGGUGCCGAGCGCUUCGAUGAGUAGCAGAGGGGGCGCCGGUGCAGCGUCUGGCAGCUCCACCAGAGGCGGGCAGCCCUCUUCGGCCGGUCCGCAAGAGAGCGUGACGAAUGGCAGCCGAUCGCCGCAAGAGGUGACGCACACGACGGAGAAUGCCUCGGAAGGCGGGGACGUGGUAGAUGAGGAGAGUGACGAGGACUUCGACAGCGAGGAUAUGGAGGACAUGCUGCAGCGACCCGAGUCGCGGGGGCAGCCAACGACGCACGAACACGCGGCGCUGCCUUCCUUGGCGAUAUCAACGACGACGGGUGGCCUUGCCGCUUCUGCUUCUGCUUCUGCUUCUACAGCUGUAGCAGCAGCGGGUAUUGGUGGCACCCCAGGCGCAGGGACGGUGCCGGUGGAGAGUCCGGGCUUUGUGAAGGUGGCGGAGGGCGUUGUGACGCCAACGGUGCUGACCGCUGACCUUUUACCGGGCUUCCGUCCGCGGGAGGCCGACCGACAAAGUGAGAAGGCCUCGGCGCCCUCGCCAAGCUUGCAGGCUCGACCAGACAUGGCCGCCUUCAUUCCACCAGCUGUGUUGCCGAAGUAA